AUGGUGUUUUUACGAUUUGUUGGUUAUCCUGGCUUUCAAAGCAGUAUUGGCGAAGAUAUCGGAAUCGAUCAAAGCACAGUUUCCAGGAUUAUUGCCGAAGUAGCUGAGAAAAUUAUAAUUAGGAAAGAGGAGUGGAUCAAGUGGUACGCAAUUGAUUGCACUCAUGUGGGAAUAAAGAAACCUUCAAUGCAUAGCGAUGAAUUUAUAAAUAGAAAAGGUUUUAACUCAAUAAAUAUUCAAGCGACAUGUGACGGAGCAGAAAUGUUUACAAGUGAGGACAUUUCAUGGCCAUUGUCGGUGCACGAUUCGAGAAUCUUUAAGAACUUGGAUAUUUACCUCACUCUCCUUGAAAGUUCAACAAGUGUACUAAUUGUCGACGAAGGCUAUGGAUUAACUGCAUUUUUAAUGACUCCGUAUCGGAAUCCGGUCAGUGCCGGCGAAUACAAAUUAAGAGUGGCAACACGUAUCGCAACAAAAGUUAUUUUAGCGUGUUUUAUUCUAAACAACAUUUCAAAAGCAUUCCAGAGUGCCGAUGAAAAUACGAAUAAAAAUGGUCAAGAGGAAGCUGCUAUGGAUAUAGAAGAACAAUACCUCUCUCAUCUCUUUCCCUCAAAUAAUUCUUCCAGGAGAGAUAUUUUGCUCAGAGAAGCUGGUCAGAUAAAAUAA